CCUGGGGCAGCUAAAACAGUGAAACUCCGGCAAUCGAGGAGAGAGCAUGAUGUGGACAGCGUUACUGGGUUUGCUGCUCGCGUGGAUUGGACCAGGGAGAGGGUCUGAUAGAGUGUGCCCCCAUUUACCAACACCCUCGUAUUGCGUGUUGAGUACCGACUACUGCGCAUCAGAUAAAGAUUGUCCCUUCGAAUUUAAGUGCUGCGACAAUGGCUGCAACAAACUCUGCGCCAUGGCCAUACCUAAAAAGGCAAUCAACGACACAAAGCUUCCCGAACCUGGACCCGAAUAUCUUCCAAGAGCGGGCCAGUGUCCGCGCCUUCCCAUCCCUAAGUACUGCCACGCUAGCCAACAUGGCUGCGUCACGGACCAGCAGUGUCCAGAUCCCUUCAAGUGCUGCUCCAACGGGUGCACCAAGAGAUGCUUUCUGGCCACACAAAUCAAAAGACCGAAAGGAGGACCUGGCCCCUCGUCGAUCAAUAUCGAGUGCCCGGUGUUCAAGAAAAACCCUAAUUGCCUGUCUGGCUUCACUAAUCGCUGCCGAGACGAUGGCGAUUGCCAAAAUGAAGGGAUAAAUAUGAAGUGCUGUUUUGAUGGGUGCAGAAAGCUGUGCUUGGAUCCAGCCGAGAUUCUCCUCGCUAAAGGCGGGCGCACAUGUCCACCUCUUCCUAGGCCUCCGUCGUGUACAAGCUCACAGAACGAUUGUCUAUCUGAUCUGGAAUGUGACGAAGGAAGCAAAUGCUGCUCAGAUGGAUGUAAACUGAAAUGUGUUCAAUUAAAACGACAAGCUUCUACACCUCCUCCUCCUCCAACAACUUCGAGUGAAUCUUUAGCUGAUGCCGUAGUCGUUGUCGAUGAUAAGUGUCCUUUCGUAACGAGGCCGCUCAGCUGCCCUUUAAGGCCUUAUCACCAGUGCUAUACGAUUGAAGAGUGUCCGGAAAACCUGCGAUGCUGUUCUGAUGGAUGCCGUAAUAUUUGUCUCGACCCCCAAGCUCGCUUGCUUAUCAAAUGUCCGGUCGUGGCUCGUCCGACAAAUUGUCCGGUUCGAGUGGCGAUGGAGUGUCUUAGUGAUGUGGACUGUGGGACUGGGAACAAAUGCUGUUACGACGGAUGCACGUACAAGUGUCACGGCAAAGAAAUGUCGCUCAAAGGCGCCGACCAAGUAUCUGUUCAGCUUGCUCCAUUUCUAUCGAAAGCGGAGCUUGUCUUCAUACUGGAUACGUCAACACAAGAUCUGACGCCUCAGGACUUCAUCAGACAAAAGGAGUUUGCAAAGUCGGUAGCCCAUUUCUUUCAUCUUGGACAAGAGAACGUGCGCACGGCCAUUGUGUCGUGUAACAACACACCAAUAUUGGUAAAGAACCUGGGGCAGGAAGGCCUUGACCGACAUGUGGACGGACUGAAACAGGCAGGGAGGCAAAAACUACUACACAACGCAAUCAGGUUGGUGGAGGAAAAUGUGUUGAGUUCUGCCAGGCCUGGCGUGCCAUCCAUCGUCCUCAUCGUUUCAUUCGGCUCCCCGACAUCUACGGAGUGGAGCCUACUAAUCUCCAGGCGAGGUCUCCGCUCGAUGGGUGCCCAUGUUUUCGUAGUAGGACUAGGAGUGCACCCAGCCUAUACCCGGCUACGCAGACUGGUUGUAGCGCCAGGGGACCUGUUCACCUAUCCAUCAGCAGACCACCUCCAAUCACAAGGAACCAUUAUCGCCAGGCAUAUAUCACUGCGUACGAGUGAGGUAGUCCCUAACGACUUCAAGGCUGAGCUCAUGUUCGUCCUAGACGCGACCAGAUACGUGGGUCGAAAAGGCCUCACUCAACUAAAGCUCUUUGUCCUCUCUCUUGUUCGCCUUCUAAACCUUUGGCCUGGCAUGACUCGCGCCAGCGUUAUCACAUACGGUGACGUCAUAGCGCCUCUAUCAAUACGCUUCCUAACAGGAUCUGAUAUGAACAAGUUUAGCGACGCUUUGAGCAAGCUCUCGUUUCUCGGUGGUAGCGCCAGAUUGGACAGCGUCUUCCAAACGAUGGAGGAAAAUCUUCGCUUUACUCGUGAGGGUGUUCCUAAGAUUGCGGUAAUGGUUACAAGUGGGAAGCAUCUGCCGCAAGGCAUGGACGAGGUGUGGCCGGUGUUGGGGAAGCUGCGCGAGAAAGGAUUAUGGACAAAUGUUGUCAUGCUCGGGGAUGAUGAGACGGGAAGACAGGACUUUCUGAAGAUCGCAGAGCGACCAGAAGACGUCUUGACGAGUCCUAUUGGUGAUCUCACGAGUAUAAUACCUCGGCUUCUCAAGCAUAUAAUUGCAGGUCCGCUUACUCCACUUUCAACUCGAUCGCCAACAACAACAACCGUACCCACGACACCAGUUGCAACAUCAACCUAUUCAAUCAUAACAACAACUGGUAGCUCCAAGGCUGCAACAGAACAUCGUCCAGUAGCAAAACCUUCGUCUUCUCGCAAGCAUCAAACAACGACUCAAGAGAUGGCUGCUGUUCAACAAACGACGGAAGCUCCUUCAACCACAGCACCGCCUACGACAGUAGAGGAUAAAACCAGAGAAGAAGCAACAACUAAACCAACGACAACAACGAGAAAAACAACAAUACCAACAACAACAGCUUCAGAAACUAAACCGCCAACGAUAAGAAAAACAACGACAGCAACAACAACUCAAGGGCGAACAACAAGAAAACCAACAACAACAGCUGAACCACCAACGACCGUCGACAAUUUAAGAAGACUAAGUACAAAGAUUAAAGACUCUACGAGUAGACCAGAGACCUCUCAGACCCAGACGGAGGCGCCUGGCCACAGCACUGCUGUUUACUUUCCUACAACUUACGAAACGGUGGCUGCAGGUAUGCUGGACUCAAGUAAAGUGGUAAAGAGACCAGAUGCGAAGUCCGGCUACUGUCCCUCCCUCCCCCGGGAGCCUCGGUGCUCCAAUCGUUCAAGGCCCAAGUGCUUACUUGACAGCGAGUGCCCUGGUAACCAGAAGUGCUGUUCGGACGGCUGCACCAUGAUCUGCACUAACACAGAUCUAGAUAUCGUCAACGCCCCAGUGCGUGGUAGGCGCAAACCUGGAAUCUGUCCGGUCAUGUCAGUAUCAAAGGCUCCUUGUCCGACUACUAAUCAGUGCAGUCAGGACUCGGACUGUCCAGGAAGUCAGAAGUGCUGUCGUCAGCAUUUCGCCAACUGUUUGGCCAGCCAGAUGCUAUGCAUCGAGCCUCCAUCCAAAGUACAGGAAAAACAAAUGCUGAGUCGCUUGUAUCGUCCCGGUAAUUGCCCUAAACUAACCAGGCCUGCAGUGUGUGGUGAGGUGAUGAGAACUGAAUGCAACUACGAUAUUGACUGUGCUGGAACACAGAAGUGCUGUAGUAACGGAUGUCGACGAUUGUGUGCAGACGCAGAACGAGCAACAACGACUUCUACAAGAGAGGAAAAAGAUGCUGAGCCCGCAUUCCAGGAAGGCCGUUGUCCUCCGUACUCCCCAGUGCGCGCAUGCCCAUUACUGGUUCAGGACGAGUGUACCUGUGACGUCGAUUGCGCUCACAAGGUCGGCUACAAGUGCUGCUUUGAUGGAUGCAAACGGAUCUGCCGCAGACCGGCAGGAAAAGUGUGCAGCGGUAAGAUUGACGUGGUCUAUCUCAUGGAUACGUCUGGGAGCAUUAGUCAAGACGACUACCGCCGAGAAAAGCAGUUCGUCAAGGAUUUGGCGCGAAUUUUCCGUGUUGGCGACGAGGCAAGCCAUGCGUCGGCGAUAAUCUACAACGAUGAUGCUCACGUGCAGAGCAAGCUGGGUGAGCACAGGAGUACGGAAGCGUUCUCAAAGUCUGUGGACGCCAUACCUUACCUCCACGGAAGAACUCGGAUUGACCGCGGUCUCGAGGAGGCAACCAAGAUGUUCAAGAGUGCUCGCGAGGGCGUCAGUAAAGUCCUGAUCGUUCUGACUGACGGGCGACAAACUCCUGAUCCAGACGCGAUUCCCCUAGACCAAGCGAGUCAGCCUCUGAAGAACGACGGCGUCGAUAUCUAUGCGGUAGGGGUGGGGAGUAAGAUCGAUGAAAAAGAGCUUCAUCAGAUCGCUUCCAAGGACUCAAACGUUUUCACAGUGGACUCAUUCAGCGCGCUGUUAGGGGAGUCACAGACAAUUGCUAGAAGGGCUUGUGAUUAUGUCACCGGAAAAGUGUGUGUGCAGGGUGUCGACAUUGGGUUCAUAGUCGACUCCUCAGAAAGCAUCACUGACGAAGCCUUCAUAAAUGAGAAGAACGCGGUACGAGCCAUCAGCGAACAGUUCCUCAUUCAGCCAGGGCAAAGCCGCGCCGGGGUCGUGCUGUACAGCGGCAAUCCAAAGCUUAGUAUCAGCUUCGAUCAAUACCAGUCAAACGGCGACUUUAAAAGUGCGGUCAGCAGAUUGCAGCAUCUUCAGAGCCACACGCGUCUGGAUAAAGCACUGCGCUUCGCCGCAGCCAACUUAUUUAAUAAUCAGAGGCCUGGUUACCCCGCGGUUGCCAUAGUAAUGAGUGAUGGACGUCAGACACCUGGAGCUGAGUCCCUCUCGACCGCCGUACAGCCUUUGAAGGAGCUUGGAGUGCGCGUGUUUGCUGUUGGUGUUGGGGACAGAGUAGUGAAUGAUGAGCUGAAGAAGUUAGUGCAGAGGGACGAAGAUAUCUAUGAGGUGGAGUCCUUUGAUAAGCUAAUCGCGGAGGCGAAGAAAUUUUCCAAGCGUGCAUGUCCUGCUCCGAUACAGCCAAGUCCCACAGACUCACAGGUAACUCGUGAAAACAGCCCGUCUACUACUCGCCGGCCUAUUAUUACCAUUCCAACAAGCCGUCCUACACGCCUUAGCACACCGUCUACUCGCCGCAAGACAACUCGUCGAGCUUCCACAAUCCCCCCAACAAGCCGUCCUAUCACAACAGGUGUAGAGACCACGUCCCUGAUCACCGAGUUUCCUUGGCCGUCGCCCGGACAUUUCAAGUGCUCGCUCUUCAUGGAUAUCAUUUUCGUGGUUGAUUCCUCUAGGAGCAUGGAUGUACGGCAGUAUGUUAUCAUGAAGGAGUUCGUCAAGCGACUUGCUGUCUUCCUAGAUGUGGGUAAAGGAAGCAAGGCCGCGGUUAUCAUCUAUAGCGAUGAUCCCAUCCUGAGCAUUGACUUUGACGACUACCCAGAUCAGGGGAGUUUCCUGAACGCUGUUGAUAAUCUACUAUACAUCAUGCAAAGGACGCGCAUCGACAAGGCCUUGAAUAUGUCCGCGCAAGUGCUCAAGAAUGCGCGCCCAGGCUUCCCUAAGGCUGUCAUCAUAAUGACUGACGGCAGGCAAACACGUGACCCCGACUACGUGAAGCUGGAUUUGGCGGCCAAGCCGUUGCACGAUGCGCAUGCGCGCGUACUGGUGAUAGGAAUCGGGCCACGGAUAAGCGUUGACGAGCUGAUGCUGAUGGUGCAGGACCCUGCAGAUGUGUUCACUGUGCGCUCAUUCGAUAGCCUCGUCAGCGCGGCGAGUUCUGUGGCCAUCAAGUCCUGCCAAAACACAGUGUUCCCCACUAGAGACCCAGGUCCCUGCACUGAGAGAUUCGACCUCGGUUUCAUCCUGGAUUCCUCCGAAAGCAUCCUAGUUAGUAACCACGACCAAGAGAAGGAGUUUAUCAAAGACAUCGCUUCGAACUUUGUGAUUGGCCCGCAACAGGUGAUGCUCGGCCUGAUAGGGUUUAGCGACACUGCUGAGAUGCAUGUGCGAUUCGCCUCGCCUGCGAGUAUAUCCCAGGUCGCGUUUGAGAAAGCUGUUGACGAUGCACCGUACAUGAAGGGAAGGACACGCUUAGACAGAGCUCUUGUGAAAGCCGUGGAACUGGUCCGUGGCGGCCGCCCUUAUGUCCCCAAGGUCCUUGUGUUACUAAGCGACGGCCGGCAGUCUAGAGAUCCCGGAUACACACCCCUCGAUCAAGCUAUCAAGCCGCUCAUACGAGAAAAUAUCGCAAUCCGAGCGGUAGGGAUAGGAAAGGAGAUAGACGAAAGAGCGCUUCAGACACUUGUCAGCAACCGAAACGACUACAUCUUCCGAGUCGGUUCUUUUGACGCUUUAAGCAAGUUGCAUCGGUCACUCUCACAGUCUAUAUGUAGUACAGUAGAGCGUCGAUUGCUUAGUGAUGAGCCAAGGCAACCAGGACAAUGGUAACAUUAGCCACUUGCUGUGCAAAUAAACGUGUCUCCAUUCCAUCUGCUGGACAUGAGAAGCUGCAGUUUUCCAAUCGGAAUGGAUACAUAAUCAAAGUAGUCCUGCUUUCAUUUAUCAGAGAUGAGGACAGACAAAAAUAGGAGAGUGGCAUGAAGUUUAUUUUCAAAUAAAUAUUAUUUACGAGAAA